AAUGAGGUGUCGCAGAUGUCAACUGUGCAGGGCAGAAAACAGGCUUCAGUGUUGGAUUGCAGCUUACGAAAGAAGGUUUUCUUCAACGUAUCUCGUAUUGCAGAUACAGAGAGUGAACAUGAUGUAUCCCAUGAUAUUGAGAAUUCACAGAGUCAGUCUUUCCGACCGCGUCACAAUUUUCCACAUAUGCCAUUCAAUAUUAGCCACCCAGAAAAUACAGGUGUGCAAUCAUCAAAUGUUUCCAGACCCCCUGGACCUGUCUUCCCAUCCGCCAUCUAUCCAGAGGGUACCCACGGUAAUCAACCAUAUUACGAUAACAUUGGUUAUAUGCCUCAAGGGCACCAGGGUUAUCUCCAAGGAUCAGCGCGCUUUCAGACCUCUCUGUCGUCGGUUCCUAUCGGUGCCUUCCCAAUGCAGUCCCCAGAAUACGCUCCGGGGGUUCCCCAUCAGUUGCAGGGAGCCAUAGGUGGGCAUCCAUCGCAAAUGAUGUCCGCUACAAAAAAAGUUCAAACAAAUACAACUCUAAACACCGGCUUCCUGUACCCGUACUUCCCGUACGCAACCAACCAACCCACGUAUGCUAGUUACCAAACACACGGUGUCGGAAACGCCUCAUUUGCUCAACUGUCGCAAACCGCGGCGAUUACUCCGCCACAGAAUCCUUGCACACCCCCGGUGAACACAAACCCUGGUGUUGCCCAGUCAAAGCCAGUUGGUUGUUUGCCUCAACAAAUGCAAUACCACGCCAGGCUCGCAUAUCUCGUCCAACAUGAAGGUACACGUGUGUUUCGUAAGUUCUUCCUACGUGAUAUCGUCAUUCCGAAACUAAAGAGCGUUGGUCAGUACAACUUGGGCGCUUCAGAAAACCAGACGUUGAAUGUAUUUCUUGCACUCUCCGAUAUAAAAAAUUGUCUCACACUACUAAAGAAGCCAAAGGGAAAAGUUAUGUUCCCUCAACAGUAUGACCAAUUGUAUCCAUCCAGUGGACAAGCAGAUAUAAAACGUUUUGAUAUUUCCCUCUUAUUCAUUUUAAUAAGAAACCUCCACCCCAAUGGAAAGAACUUAAGUUGGGUCUUAAAGCCUGGUCAAGCAUCCCAAGGAGACAUCGACCACAUCAUCAAGAUAAGAGACAUCAGAAAUAACAUCUUUCAUGACGGAAAAUUCGAGCUGGAUGAGGCUAAGUUUGAAGAUAUGUGGAGAGAUGCUUCCGGUGCAAUUUUGUCGCUAGGUGGCAAACAAGACAAGAUUGAUUGGAUCAAAAUGAACAAUUUUAACGAAGAGAAAUUUAGACAAUUGAUCAAAAGCGUCACAGCUUCAGACCAGAUUCUUCAAAAACUGGAUGAAAUAUUAAUGUUUCUUCGAUCACACGGCUUGGGAUAUAACGGGCAAUGACAACAUUAACGGUUGAAAUUCCGUGUGCACGAGAAUGGCACAAAUUUAUAAAAGCUAUUGUAAUAAUGGCUGCAUGACAAUCGGGUUUUCCGAACGUGCAUUUUGUGUAUGCAUUGAAGACAUACAUCGCUGCAUACAUAUGCAUAUAAUUACUUUAAUUGAUUUAAAUGUUUGGGCUCAAAGUAAGGUAAUGUAAAUAGAAAUCGCGAUUUACCAACAUUGUAUAAUGAUAAUAAAAAAUGGGUAUUAAGUAACGUGUAA